AAAAGGAAGUUGUAUGUUAUCCAUGUGUUUCUUUUUGCAGAUGGCGUGAUAGCUGAAAUUGAGAAAAAGAUUACAGAAGCUUUUGAGGUAUUUGAUCGCGACGGAAAUGAAAAUGUGGAUGUCAGAGAGAUUGGUUCAAUUGUCAGAUCACUGGGUUGCUUCCCAACUGAGGCAGAGCUACAUGAACUGCUUGCAAAGGUAGAAGAAGAAGAACCAACUGGAUAUGUUCAUCUAGAAAAAUUUCUUCCAGUGAUGACAAAAAUAUUACUCGACAGAAGCUACAGGCCUAUUCCAGAAGAUGUUCUUCUACAUGCGUUUGAGGCUUUAGAUGAGAAGAAAAGUGGAUACAUUACUAAAGAGGAGCUGGUAAAACAUAUGACUGAAGAAGGUGAACCAUUUACUGAGGAAGAAAUGGAAGAGAUGCUCUCCAGUGCUCUAGAUCCAGAAACAAAUGCAGUUCAUUACAGAGACUACAUUUCAAUGAUGAUAGUAGAUGAAACUGAUGAUCUUCCACAGUAGACUCUGAGGUGCUUUUUGGUAACAGUAAUGUAGCUUAGCAGUUGGUUGAAAUUUCAAGUGUAACAAAACACAGUGUGUGACCUUGUGCUUAUAAUUAAAUUAAAAUCUGUGUAGUUAUAUUUCCUUAGAGUCUGUCUAUAUAUUGAAAUCUAUUUCCACUUGGAAAAAGAGUUCUUGACAGAAAUAGUAUGUAAGAUCUGGAAAAGAAAUCAUGAAAUUUGGUUUGAAAAAUAACAAAAAUAAUGGAGUCCAGAAAUGACUUUACAAUUGCUGCUGCAAAAGUAACAGGAAAGUGAGACCUGGGAGAGCAGAUGACAAGUAGGUGAGUAUUUUAAAAUAACUGGUAUUGUGAGGGCAUGCUACUAUGAUAAAGCUUUUGUAUUUAAAUGUAAUCCCUGUUUGUGUUUAACUAAUGAGGCAUUGAUUGCUACAUUUGAAAUAAUAUCACAGGUGAAUUAAAUUUUGUGCUGUUUGUAGGUCUUACAAAUGCUUGCAUUUUUUUCACCAUGGGCAAUUAAACUGGACCAGUUAGUUUCA